UGGGGAUUAGUGAGCACCUGAGUCAGAGCGCCAGAUCUCCAGAUCUCCAGCCGCUACAAUCCACAAAACCUUCCUAAAAGUUUGGCCAUUUCACAGGAAGGUAUUACGGGUUGAGGUUAAUAGUCAGGUCACUAGAUGCUGUCUACCGACAUGGUUUCAUCAUUGGUGCUCGGCGUCGUGUGCGGGCUGUCUGUAGUCGCUGUCGGCAUCGUGGUCGUCGUUCUCUAUAUCCUCUACCGGAAACGACAUCGCGCCAGUGCGUGCCUGAACAUCAAGAGCGGAUACGAGGCUGUGGGAGACUGCAAACCGUCGCUCAUGUCGAUAUCUUCGUCAUCUCAGGAGGUGUCUAUAUCAAAAGAAAGUAGGACAGUCCAGCCGAGAUCGUCAUCCAUGUCGACUACAUCACACGGGAGCAUGCGCAGUGACCUGAUUACGGAUGACACUAGUAGUAUCAGUGCGCGCAGUGAGGCGAGCGUUGACAGUCUGGUGUUCGAGGCCAACUUCGGGGCUAUCCGGCCGGACCUAUACCCGCGGAAGGAUAUCGUGCUGCAGCAGGCGUCACUGGACACGGGUCACGGUCGACUGCACACGAGACUCAAGUACGACUUCCGCACGUCCGACGUGGUCGUUCACCUCAUAGAAGCGCAAGACCUUCCACCAUCGGAGUUGUUAGGCGGCUUCAACGACCCGUAUAUCCGGAUUUCCAUGGUGCCUGCCGUGGACGAGCGUAUUCGGCAGUCGUCGGUGAAGAGACGGACUUCUAACCCCUACUAUAACGAGUAUUUCAAGUUCCCUGUGGCCUUCGAUGACGUCAAGGAUAAGCUGCUAACGUUCCAUUUAUAUGACUAUGACAAGUUUUCCCGCCACAAUCUGAUAGGUCAGGUGGAGAUUGACCUCGGUAAAAUUGAAAUCAGCAACAGUGUGGAAAUGUGGUGUGAUAUACAGAAACAUCAACAGCCUGUCGGAGUCCUGGGCGAGCUGCUAAUCUCCCUGAGUUAUCUCCCCACCGCAGAGCGCCUCACAGUGGUCGUGAUGAAGGCGAAGGACUUGAAAGUGUCCACAACGACGACGUCGGCUGAUCCCUACGUGCGAGUCUCGUUGCUAAUUGAAGGCAAGAAGGUGAAACGCAAGAAGACUUCUGUCCGCCGAGGGUCCGUCACUCCUGUCUGGAACGAGGCUCUCGCAUUCAACGUGCCCGCGGAGUUAUUCCCCAAAGUUGAAAUCGAGGUCAGUGUGAUGGAUCACGAUUUGAUUGGUCACGGCGAAAUCAUAGGACGCUGUCUGAUUGGUCCGAAUCGCGCGGGAAUUGAGAAGAGUCACUGGAAUGACAUGAUUCAGAAUCAGAGAAAGUCGAUCGCGUUGUGGCAUCAUCUGCGACGUUAACGACUUCACGAUUUGUGACAUUAACUGUGACAUUACAAGACGUCAAAAGUCUGGACAUAAACCGUGGACAUUUCUUUCGGAAUUGUGAUGUUGAACAGUCGAAACAGUGACGUCUUUGUGACAAGGUGGCGAGCAGAUGUGGCUUUGAGGAAGAUUUUUUUAUGCUCGAUGGAAGUAGAUAAUGGGAGCAUGUGGAGACUUUAAUUUGCUGUCAGAUGAAUAUGUUAAAUGUUCGAGUCAGAAAACGUUUUCGCGGAACGUAGUUUACUAACAAUGUGCUGUAUUAUCUGGCACUGAAACUUGAAACGUUUGUCAAGUUAGGUCAAUGAAGACCUGGACAUGUCACAUGAUUGAGACACACAUUUUAAUUGGACAAGAGAACUAAUUUUAGCUGACCCUAUUUGACUCGGUGUAGGUAAGACACUGGUUUUAACUGGAUGGCAGAUAUUACCUGGUUUUGGGGAACCUAUGUUUUCGAUCACAUUCAGACAACAAUCUGCUCUAUUUUCUCAAAACCAAAGCUUAAUAGCUUAUUUCUAAGAUUUGGAAACAUCGGAUUGCUGACAAUAAUUCUAGCUGGCUGUCAGAUGAUACUAGUUUUAUGUGUGAUUAGAAUUACGAGAUGUCUUGUUGUUGUUGUCACUGGAUGACCAUAUACAUCGUGUUUGUUGGGAGUCAAUACAUCACGUUACGUUCAGCAAAAUGGGCAUGGACAUUUGGUUCUGAAUUACGUCUAAGUCGAUACUUGGUGACGUCAGACGUUGAGGCAGAACGUUUGGUCAGCUGGCAGAAAGACGCUAACUUUGUGAUGCAUAUGUUACAGAUGGAACCGAAUGAUUCCAACUAGAUGUUGGAUUUCUCUAGUCGAUCUUCGCACUGGGAAGCUACUGAAGAAAGCGUUUCUACGCCGUCAGUCGAAAAGUGUGGACCAACGUUACUGACAUUGAUCGCUGGAUACAACCUGCGUCUAGGUUCACCGAGUUACGAAUGUUGCGAAAACUGCGGACAAAUCAUUCGUCAAACGUUCUUCUGAACAUUACUCGACAAUAGUGUGAUUGGCAGACAAACGUUUCAAACAAGUUUUUGUUGACGGUUUUGAAACUGCAACCAGCGCAUCACGAUACGUAGAAAAACAUGUUAAAUAAGCGGUUUUCAUCUCGAACUGAAACAAACAUUUAUAUAUUUAUUUUCUGUGGCCUUGUAGCUACCUUUAAUGUUUCCACGAUCUGUUUGCAUGGUUGUUACCCGUCUGCUUGGGUAUAUCCAAUGUAUUUUAAUGCCAAAUCAUUCUUGCAAAAAAAGUAUUACUAAACGUAUUAUAGCAUAUCAAGAAAUACGGUAAGCGAACAAUACAAAAUGAACAAACAAUAUUUACACCAUUUCUUUCAUCAGUAACACAAAAAUUACUUUCAGGUUUUUUUCAUGUUCGAAAUGUCUUUAAAAAUAUUUAAACAUUUGUUCGUGUAUUUAACAAACACAAAGACUACAUAUUUGUUAUUGCCUUGAAAUGUGUUAUAAAUGGUGAAAAAUAGCGAUUGUUCACGAUUACAUUAUUUGUUACUUUGUAAACUUUGUAAGCAUAUAUGUUUCUGGUUGACUUAGUUUUUGUGGCGAUCAGAAAUGUGUUUUUAUUCCAAACAGAAGAGGUACAUAUUAAGACCAUCAUUGUGUUUUAAAUUCCUCUGUUGUAAUAAAACUGAACCCCCCCCCCAAAAAAAACCCCCACAAAAAAACCCCCCAAAAAACCCACACCUUCACAAUCAUUGCACUAGACACUACAGUAACACCAUGCUACAAGCAAUAGACAGUUAUUAUAGUAAACAGAACCGAAUAUAUAACACAACUCUUCCUUUCAAGUGCCUGAUAUUUACCAGCAGGAGUAACAAAUGUGCACCCACACCCAGUGUGACAUACUAGUAAAUUAGAAAGUGUGUGCUGUCUUUGGGCUUAACCGUCACUCACUCGAGGUUAGUAAACGAAUAUUUGAAGAAUUUUAACACGGAAAUACCGAAACAAACAAGCAUUAUUAUCUUCUGUGUAUAUCUGUUAACGUAUCAACUGAUAAACUCUAUUAUCCUCUGUGUAGAUCUGUUAACGUAUCAACUGAUAAACUAUUAUCCUCUGUGUAAAUCUGUUAACGUAUCAACUGAUAAAUAUUAUUAUCCUCUGUGUAGAUCUGUUAACGUAUCAACUGAUAAACUUUACUAUCCUCUGUGUAGUUCUGUUAACGUAUCAACUGAUAAACUCUACUAUCUUCUGUGUAGAUCUGUUAACGUAUCAACUGAUAUACGUUAUUAUCCUCUGUGUAGAUCUGUUAACGUAUUAACUGAUAGACGUUAUUAUCCUCUGUGUAGAUCCGUUUACGUAUCAACUGAUAGACGUUAUUAUCUUCUGUGUAGAUCUGUUUACGUAUCAACUGAUAAACUCUAUUAUCCUCUGUGUAGAUCUGUUUACGUGUCCACUGAUAAACUCUAUUAUCCUCUGUGUAUAUCUGUUAACGUGUCCACUGAUACACUCUAUUAUCCUCUGUGUAGAUCUGUUAACGUGUCCACUGAUAAACGUUAUUAUUCUCUGUGUAGAUCUGUUAACGUAUCCACUGAUAAACGUUAUUAUCCUCUGUGUAGAUCUGUUAACGUAUCCACUGAUAAACGUUAUUAUUUUCUGUGUAGAUCUGUUAACGUAUCAACUGAUAAACAUUAUUGUAUACUAUUCAGAGCAAAAUACAUGAGAUUACAUUUAUUAAUAUAUGUAUUAUCAGUCAUAUUCGGAACUACCUGUCUGUAUGUCUGUCUGUCUGUCUCUCUCUCUCUCUCUCUCUCUCUCUCUCUCUCUCUCUCUCUCUCUCUCUCUCUCUCUCUCUCUCUCUCUCUCUCUCUCUCUCUCUCUCUCUCUCUCUCUCUCUCUCUCUCUCUCUCUCUCUCUCUCUCUCUCUCUCUCUCUCUCUCUCCCCAACCCUAACCAUUCACUUUCUGUAAUAUCUCUGUUUCACACUGUCUAUUUCUGUUUCUAGGUCUACCUGCUUCAGUCUGUCUGUUUCUCUGCCGUUCCGUCCAACCCACUCUCUCUUUCGUGUUUUGUGUUCAUUCAAUGCACUUGUGACCAUCAUUUUGAUGUUUAUGAUCAAUAUUUUGUGUAUUUUGACAUCAUUAUGUAGUCGAUUUGUAUCCUUUCGACUGCAUACAGAACAAACAUACAUGUACACAAUGUGAAUUCAUUCUGGCAUAAACUCGAUAAAACGUGUGCCCAUGAAUUUAUACUAAACUGACAUCAACUCUUUGUUUAGCAUUUACUUCUUACAGUAACUGCCAGGGCCCAUGUUUUCGAAGCUAUCUUACCGCAACGAUUUCGAAAAACUAUCGUAGGCUAUGACGUCACUAUGACGUGUGAUGUAGUGACGACGUCUUAGCCUUCGAUGGUUUUACGAUAUCGUAGCUCUAAGAUAGCUUCGAAAAUAUCUAACCUGUUUUUCCCCAUAGGAAUGUCUGUAAAAAUGGCAACACACUUGUACAGUACAUCAAAGUAGGUGGCCAUACCAAGUUUUAGCAAAACAACCGAAUUUAUUAAAACUGUAGUUGGGUCGGUGUGUUAGAUUGACAAACGCUGUAAUAUGUUGAGAGGGUGGGGUGGGUCGGUGUGUUAGAUUGACAGACGCUUUGAAAUGUUUAGAGGGUGGGUGUGUCUGUAUGUUAGAUUGACAGAUGAUGUAAUAUGUUGGGAGGGUGGGUGGGUCUGUAUGUUAGAUUGACAGAUGAUGUAAAAUGUUGAGAGGGUGGGUGUGUCUGUAUGUUAGAUUGACAAACGCUGUCAUAUGUUGGGAGGGUGUGUGUCUCUGUAUGUUAGAUUGACAGAUGAUGUAAUAUGUUGGGAGGGUGGGUGUGUCUGUAUGUUAGAUUGACAGAUGAUGUAAUAUGUUGGGAGGGUGGGUGGGUCUGUAUGUUAGAUUGACAGAUGAUGUAAAAUGUUGAGAGGGUGGGUGGGUCUGUAUGUUAGAUUGACAGACGCUGUAAUAUGUUGAGAGGGUGGGUGGGUCUGUAUGUUAGAUUGACAGACGCUGUAAUAUGUUGAGAGGGUGGGUGUGUCUGUUAGAUUGACAGACGCUGUAAUAUGUUGAGAGGGUGGGGUGGGUUUCUAUGUUAGAUUGACAGAUGAUGUAAUAUGUUGAGAGGGUGGGGUGGGUGUGUAUGUUAGAUUGACAGAUGAUGUUAUAUGUUGAGAGGGUGGGUGGGGCUCUAUGUUAGAUUGACAGAUGAUAUAAUAUGUUGAGCGGGUGGGUGGGUCUGUAUAUUAGAUUGACAGAUGAUGUUAUAUGUUGAGAGGGUGGGUGGGGCUCUAUGUUAGAUUGACAGAUGAUGUAAUAUGUUGAGAGGAUGGGUGGGUCUGUAUGUUAGAUUGACAGAUGAUGUAAU